CACCACCCAACCUGUCGCACUUGCGUACAACAAUCCGUGCCGCACUCAUUACCGCUUCAAAAGACCAUAGAUCAGCAAUCAUUCCUGGCCCGAAUUCUUAAUUCUCGAAAGGUGCAGUAUCACUCGGAUCACGGCGCUUCUGGGAAUCAAAGUGGGAAGGCUGACGACGAUAUUCAGCAAUAUCACAAUUCAGAAUGGCUCCACAUUCUCUGGCACCCUCCUCCACUUCUAGCCAUGAACUUGGAGGUGGCACCUAUGACCCGGUUAGCCCAGCAGAAGAUGACGAUGGGGGAUCUCUUUUCGGGGACGGUGGUAGCGAUGGAGGGUCGCUUUUCGGUGAGAUCACUGCCGAUGAGGGAUCUCUCUUCGGUGAUGGCCCUGGCGAUGAUGUCUCCUCUUCCCCCUUUAUGGAAGAGAAAAAUGACUAUCGGCCUAAAAUCACUCUGCCCACGCCUGAAAGCCAGCUCGAGUUUUCAAAUGACUCUGGUGAGGGCACACGAGCGAGCAGCUCAGAUUUGCUCAGUCUACCUACCAUUCCUGAUCCUCCUGAUGCAUUCUUCAGUCAUCAGGAUGGACACACUUCAGGACUACACGUGGUUAGUACCCAUCAUCUUACUGAGGCUCCUUUCACCAUGUCUCGGGAGGAGGAGUUGGAGCUUGAGGCAAUGAUGGAGUCGGACCUCCUUAAAGAGUCAGCUGUUAAUACAGACACCAGUCAUGACAGCCGCGAUCAAGAAGGCUAUGGCACAACCAGCACUGAUCCUCUCCCCUCGGAGGACGGAUUUGACCAGGAUCUCGCCCUGACGGAGUUCAAACUACUAAGGAACCAAGCCCUUAGGAGUACAGCAGGCUUUGAGUCUUAUACGGCAUCUCAAGCCGGACUCGGCCUCGGAUUGGACGCACUCACAGGCUUCCGAUUUUCCGGUGCAGCCACUCGCCGUGGCGUCCGGUUGCCUAGACGAAUCGACCUCGAGGAACAACAUGUCCAGAUCCUAGCGCCAUACCUAACACUCAGUCGUCGCACCAAAAAUACAGAGCACUUCGACCGACUUGAGCUCUGUAACGCCUCAGGUAAGGCCUUGAUCAAGCACAUGAAGGCUUACCUUGCAAGGCCAGAAAGUUACUGGUUGAUCAGCCGCGGACCGGAGGCCAACCCAAUCCAAGUGAAGGACGCUCUCCUCAAAUCCGCGUUUCAUCUCCUAAGGACGGAGGACUGGGGAACCAAAUAUUUCGGAAGGCAUCAUCCCUCGGGCCAGAAUCGAAAACUCUACUGGCCGGACGAUUCUACCUUGAUCACCUAUCAUUUUGUCCUUUUCCUCAGCAAGAUCAUCGACUCCGAGAAAUUACGGCUGAAGUCCAAGAAGAAGGCGACCCAGCCACAAGAGCUGCCGACCGGCGGGUCGAGACAAUGUCCAAUCGACCUCUCGACCGAUGGCAUCCCCCUCUCGGCACCUCAGGGCGUGCAGCCAUAUGCUUCUCAUUGUUUCCGCUCGUCUGAGCCUUUGAGCCAUCCUCCGCUGUGCUGCCCCAUGGUUUUCGGAUCUCAGAACUGUGCCAGCUCGCCCACCUCGACAUGGACCGACGACACCUCCACCAGCAUUACCCCAGAUAUCUCGUGCCAUGGCAGCAGCCCGGAUUGCCGAGAUCAUAAACUUUGGCAGGAGGACCCAGCCACCAGUGCCACUUUCGACAUGCUCGCCGAGGAAAUCUCUCGCAUCAAACGGCGAAAGCGAACCUCUGCCACGGUCCCCGCCGACGCCGACCUCAAGUAUCGACUCUCCUUCAGAGACGAGGACGAUAGCGAAGAGCUCCGCCCUGCCGUGACGUACAGGCACUCUAACAAGGUCAUCCUCUCGGGUGCCUUUCUCUAUCUUCAGAAGUCGUUCGCCACCGUCGCCACCCGAGCCAUCAUCAUGAUCAACACCCCGAAGGGCCAGGAGCGCAUCAAUAGCCAGGAGGAGUGGGAUGCUGCCGUUCUGUCUGUCUGGCAGGCGAAGGGGACUGGCGGGCUUGUCGAGGUUGACGUCGUCGUCUGAGGAAGAACCGCACUCGAGCCCACCAGUUUCUGUAGAGCUCGUCGUGCUCUGCGUGUACUCGGGCUUUCUGAAAUGAGAAAAAGAUGGGAGUUUACGGGCGUUUUUGGAGGGGCCACUGCGGGGAAAAUGUCCCCGGGGGACAAUGUUAUGGUUUGAGACUGGUAGGCAUGGUUCUGGUAUUUCAAUAGCCAGUCAGGCGUAUGGAGGAAGGUUGAGACGGUGGGCGUAUUCUUUCUGGUGUUUGGUAUACCCAAUUCUAAGCCUCAAUCGAUGGUUAUGGUUCUUAUUUUGACACACUCUCUCGUACAUCCGAAGAGUGAAGCUCCAUCUACUGGUAGACUUUCAAUGUCAACUUGGCUAUACAAUGUAUGUACAAGGCGGGAUGGCCGCCAUCCAUGUAGGCCGUAGAAAGAUCGGACCGCCUCAAUGGACGCAUGAGUCUACCCUCGU